AUGAAACAAUUAGCCGUCUCGAUCUGCAUUAUCCUUCCACUCGCCUGCUUCUGGGUUCUCCACGCCGAAGACGCGCCAGAAGGUAACUUUGGAAUCUAUUUGAAUUUUUUCAAUUAUUGUGUUUUGUAGCUCCUGAAAUCCGCGAGGCCAACUCAACAGUUUUCCGUCAAAAAAGACAAUUCGGAUGUCCAGCCAACUGUUAUUCAUCAUGCAGUUCAAAUUCCCAAUGUCAACGAUAUUCGCUCGCCGCUGUUUGUGUUCAAGGAUGCUGUUGCCCAAAUAGUAACACCCUUUCGAGUAAGUUAAAGGGUCUGGGCAUAGGGAUACCAGGCUUCUUGUUGAUGGGUAGGACUUGGGCUAGCAUAUAAGGCCAAACCAGAUUCAUGUAAGUAUCCAAGAAACCCCUAACUGUUGUGUGGUUUCUCUUUGACCUCGUGUUGUUUGAACAUUUUCAAGUAGUUCAAAUGACCAAAAGUUCAAGCGGAAACCAAAAUUUCCUUGUCAUCCACCUAGUUACUGUAGCACUCGUUCAGCUGUGUUUAUCAAAUCCUCGAUAUUUCUACCUCUCAUUAGAAAAGUCUUAAUUAUCCCCUGAAGCUUCUCCAUUUCUCUGCGCUCUCUUAUCUCUCCUUCGUCCGCGCGCGCGCAAAAUAUUUGCGUACCGACCGCUCCCCCAUUUUGGCCGCGCGCACUCGCGAUCUAAAAUUGUUUGCGCGAGCCACGACGCACGACGCACCAGCGCACAAAAAAAGACAGACAUACACACACACACACAUUAGAAAGCAAUAACAACAAAAUGUAGAGGGGACUAAAAUGAAUUUUUGCAGCCGCCUGUUCCGGUGGACCAGCCGUCGCCGCUUGUUUGGGAGGAUUGUGCGGGCAAGGAUUCUUCUGCUCGAGCAGCAACUAUUGUUGCAGAUGUCAAUCAGGAAACUCGACUGGUAAGUUGGUGGAUCCUGCGAUUCAAAGAGUUACCCUAAGUCAUCGCUAAUGUUUUCUAGGACCAUGUGUUAACCUUGCCUGCCCAACUGGUUACAUGUGCAACACCAACAAUUAUUGUUGUCCACUCGGAUCUGGAGCCGUUUUGGGAGCCUGUGUCAACGGAGUCUGCCCAACCGGAUACACUUGCGGAGCUGGAAACCUUUGCUAUUCCAGCGGAAAGUAA